GGGCCGCCGGGCGUCACUUCCGUCCAGACCGGAACCCAAGAUGGCUGCGCUCUUGCUGAGACAUGUUGGUCGUCAUUGCCUCCGAACCCACUUUAGCCCUCAACUGUGUAUCAGAAAUGCUGUUCCUUUGGGAACCACGGCCAAAGAAGAGAUGGAGCGGUUCUGGAAUAAGAAUAUAGGUUCAAACCGUCCUGUAUCUCCCCACAUCACUAUCUAUAGUUGGUCUCUUCCCAUGGCGAUGUCCAUCUGCCACCGUGGCACUGGUAUUGCUUUGAGUGCAGGGGUCUCUCUUUUUGGCAUGUCGGCCCUGUUACUCCCUGGGAACUUUGAGUCUUAUUUGGAACUCGUGAAGUCCCUGUGUCUGGGGCCAGCACUGAUUCACACAGCUAAGUUUGCACUCGUCUUCCCUCUCAUGUAUCAUACCUGGAAUGGGAUCCGACACUUGAUGUGGGAUCUAGGAAAAGGCCUGAAGAUUCCCCAGCUCUACCAGUCUGGAGUGGUUGUCCUGGUUCUUACUGUGUUGUCUUCUAUGGGGCUGGCAGCCAUGUGAAGAACGGAGGUUCCCAGCAUCAUCUUCCUACACCUUAUUACAUUUAUCCAUCUUUCUGUUUUUCAUUCUUAUCUCCAGCCUGGGAAAAGUUCUCCUUAUUUGUUUAGAUCCUUUUGUAUUUUCAGAUCCCCUUGGAGCAGUAGAAUACCUUGUAGACCAUAAUAGUGGAAAAGGGUCUAAUUUUCCCCUUGUUUCUAAAGAUGGGGUGGCUGCAAAAACUCCCCUUUUUUGCCCACAGCUUGCCAACUCUGGAAGCAGUUAUUCUGUCUCCAUAUUGGGCUUUGAUUUGUGCUGAGGGUCAGCUUUUGGCUCCUUCCUGAGACAGUGGAAACAAUGCCAGCUCUGUGGCUUCUGCCCUGGGGACUGGGGGUGAGGCUUUGGGUGCCACUGCCUGUGGGUUGCUGGCUUAAAGGACAAUUCUGUUCAUUGGUGAGAGCCCAGGCCAUUAACACCUACGCAGUGUUAUUGAAAGAAGAGAGGUGGGGGUGGAGGGGAAUUAGUCUGUCCCAGUUAGAGGGAGAUAAAGAGGGCUAGUUAGUUCUUGGAGCAGCUGCUUUUGAGGAGAAAAUAUAUAGCUUUUGACACAAGAAGAAGAUCCAGAAAAUUAUUGAACAUAUUAAUGGUUAUUUCUUUUUCUUGGAUUUCCAGAAAAGCCUCUUAAUUUUAUGCUUUCUCAUCGAAGUCAUGUACCCUUUUUUUCUGAAACCGAAUUAAAAUACUCAUUUUAUCUUUGACUCUCCUUGAAAUCUAGAGAAACCAAGAAAAUGGCUGUUGGGAGGGAACCAAUUUCCUCCUCUUCCCUCGGGUCUCAGGCAUUUACAUCCUCCCUCUCCCUGCAAUCUGACCUUUCCCAGGAGGGAAACAGUUUUCCUACAUCUCAUCAUUGGAGAAGUUUUCAGGGAAUCAGAUAAAACUUAGCCAGAUAUUUAAAUAUCACACAGAAGCCUCAGAGAAGGAAGGAGGGAAAGAAAAGAAGUGAUGCAUGUAAAGUGCUUUUGGGUUAUAGGCACCAAAAUCCCAUUAAGGACUGAUUAUAAGCUUCAUGGGACAGUUCAGCAAAUUAUGAUUCAGUGAGGGGCACAGAGGACCAGUGUUGGUGACAGCUAAGGGAUGGUGACCUGAAGUUAUAGGCUUAGGGUGGAUGAAGAAUAGAGAUUUUUUAAAAAAGAAGGGAUUGUUGAAAACCUGGCAAAAGUGUAUAAUUUAAUGAGAAAACUUGAUGCUUUUAAAAAUGCAGAUAGGCCAGGCUUUACCAGGCAUACUGUUUUGAUAGUUUUUGGGAACUCUGGAAUAAGAGACCUAUCUCGUGUGUCACUUUUGAGUUGCUGGCCAGCCAGUUAAAGCCAUGGGUCGAAGAGGGGAAAUGGUAACUGUCUGGUGUCAAUUGGAUAGGAAGACCAUAGUUAAGGUGGGGACCUGCUCUUUUAACAGUCUUCAUUCAGGGUCCCAAAUAGUAUUUGGCUUUAAGUAAUGAUUGAUUUUCCCUUUUUACUAGAGGGGUCCUGGGAAGUCCUUGUGCCUUUCCUCCAUUUUAAACCAGCUGUUCUCUACUUUAUCCUUGGAAUGAGGGACAAGUGAUCAUGAGAGAACACUUUGUCAUUGGGAUGGGGAAAGGUUUGGCAAGGGCAUUGAAUUUAACAGCCAGUACCAGGAAAAUGUAAAAUGGGGUCAAUGAUGAACAGAUGUUGGAGGCUGGAAAAUGGGUAGGGCAGUUGAAUUUUUUGGUGGUUUCCUACCAUUUGGGUGAUUGAAGCAUGGUAGUGGGUGGGUGGGUGGUGUGACAGAGCAUCAUGUUUGUUAUUCUGCCUUAAAUUUCUACUUACCAUCUUUGUUUGUCUUCUCUGUCUUCUAAUCACUUUAAUAUCUUCAAUUUUCAAACUAUAUUUGUACUUGGGCUUAGAUAGGAAGUCUUACAAAAGCAUAGUAUCUUCUACUUUGGUUUUCCCUACGUUUUCUUCCCCACCUUCUCCAAACACACAUAUACAUACUCUACUCAACAAUUCUACUUCUGAUUUUGUAGUUGUUAGUUGUGCAUGCUCAGGAUAAAAAACAAGUGGGUAGGGUUGAGGGACUGGUUCUUUGAGGUUCUACCCUUUUUCCAUGAAUCAGACCAACUUUCUCUUGGUAAUUUCUGGAGUAUAACUGACUCAAUUCUUGUAAAAAUGUGUUCCACCCAAACCACUGUAUGUUCUUUUCCUACUUUAUUUUCCCCCACCUUCCUUCUCCUAAUUGGGUUACAAGAGGCAGCCAUAGCAAGAGUGGAAAAUCCAGAUCAGUAAAAGAUUCAACAAA